AUGUCAUUUCAACCAGCAUUCAACGCUCGACUCAUCGCUGAGGUGCAGAAGCACCCGUGUCUCUACAAUCACUCGAGACGCGGCAGCGGCGAUUCGCUGGACCGUCAGCGAUUGUGGGAGUCGAUCGCCAAAAAUAUCGAUGGGAACUGCACCGCCGAGUUCGCCAAGAAGCGUUGGCUUCAGCUGCGCGAUCGGUACCGCAAAGAGCUCAAACUUGCCAUCAAAAACAAUUUUGUGCAACCGGUUCGAUGGUGCUACUUUUCGCAGCUCUCGUGGCUUCAUCCCUAUCUCAAAGACAACAUUGUUAUCGGUGUCGAUGACGUCAAAACAAAACAUGAACUUUGCGAAAGCCCGACGUUUAAUUGGUUCGAUCUGUCAAAUUUAUCAGCAGUCAAGGAUGAGAUGGAAGAGGGCGAGGAAGAGUCGUCGAUGGAAUCGUCGGUUCUAGAUAGGCUCUUAGCAGCGCAACGAGUUCACAGCAUCUCGCCAGAUUGCGACGACUCGGAUCCGGCUCUCGAGUCUUCCGUUCUUGAUCGGCUUAUUGCGUCUCAUCGAAUGAAUAGUAAUUCACCAGAAUUUGAUAAAUCUGGGACUCAUAGUCCAGAUAAUGAUGAUCGUGAUAUCGAUUCAUCACCAAUGCCAAGAGAAACAGGCUCGGGUGAUGGAGCAACUGUAACUCAACCUGACGUCAUAGUAAAACCAAAGAAUGAGGAUUCUGAAGAGAGCAAGGUGAAAACAGAAGCUGAAGAUGGCAAAACAUCAUUAUCAAUGGUUCUCGACUCGAUUCCAAAACCUGCUGCCAAUCCAUCAGUGGAAGCUCUUAUUGCGGCAAACAACGCAAGAUUUGCGCAACAUCUCGCCGCCCAUUUCUCAGGUUUGCCGCAGGCUGCCAUCAACGCUUCAAAGAGGUCCGAAACGGCUGCGACGCCGCAAAACUUUUGCAAUGAAUCGCAAACGACGUCGAGCAUCGUCAACACGCAUCCGUAUAAGAAUUUCGCUUACAAGGAGCAUUAUCGAAUGAAGCAGCACAAUCGGCAGAAUGCCGAGCAGCUCAUGAAGGCCAAUUUGCAGAAUGUCGGCAAAGCGGCGAUCGCUUGGCUGAAUGAUGAGGAUUUGCUGUACAGCAGAAUAAUAGGAUUGAAGCUCAAAAAAAUGGAUCCAAAAAAGAGAAAGAAGGUUCGCUCUCAAAUCAUGAUGUUGCUCGAAGAUUCUGAUGAAGGUGAACAUGAUGACAGCUGUAGCUCUCAUACUCAAUCGGCUCGAGAUAACGACGAAGACUGCCCAAUUGAACCAAUGGAUUCGACGGAGAAUGAGCCGGAAAUCAAUGCAUCUGCAGCUGCACCUCCUACAGAAGCCUAA